UUGGGGGAUUUUUCAGUUUUCCUUAAAAGUAAUAUUCCACAGAACUCCUAAACGCUCCCUUAUUUACAGAAUAAUAAAACAAACCACAAAUUCUUUACUCCUGAGCGCUACCUGCUUCAGAGCUAAAAUGACAUCCCUGGAGUGAGGCAAUAUUACGGCAGUUACGGCAGAGACAGCACAACCAUUCAUGCUGAUCGUUGUUAGUUAGUUAGCGGAAGACCUUCGAGGUUUGGAGAGCUGCACACGAAGCCGGCUACAGGGAGGAGAACCAGCGAAUGGAACAUGGAGUGUAUUCCAGUAACUAUUGAUGAUCUUGAGGGCAAGAAGGACCCAGUCAUUGAAGAUCCAGAACACAAUGUGUACACCAGGUUUAUGAAGUCCCAUCGUUGUUAUGACCUUGUGCCCACCAGCUCCAAAUUAGUUGUGUUUGAUACAUCACUUCAGGUGAAAAAGGCAUUUUUUGCUCUUGUUUCUAACGGGGUGCGUGCUGCGCCUUUAUGGGAUAGCAAGAAGCAGUGUUUCGUUGGUAUGCUAACCAUCACAGACUUCAUUAACAUUCUUCAUCGGUAUUACAAAUCUCCAUUGGUUCAGAUAUAUGAGUUGGAAGAGCACAAAAUUGAAACCUGGAGAGAGGUGUACCUUCAAGACUCUUUCAAGCCCCUGGUUAGCAUAUCUCCUAAUGCAAGUUUGUACGAUGCUGUGUCAUCUCUGCUGAAGAACAAGAUUCACAGAUUGCCUGUAAUUGACCCGCUGACGGGGAACACGCUCUAUAUUCUCACACACAAGAGAAUUCUCAAGUUCUUGAAGCUUUUUAUAGCAGAGAUGCCAAAACCCUCGUUCUUGAGGCAAACUUUAGAAGAACUGAAUAUCGGGACCUUCAAGAACAUAGCAGUGGUCCGUGCAGACACACCGCUCUACACAGCUCUGGGUAUUUUUGUUGAGCAGAGAGUGUCAGCGCUCCCUGUUGUUGAUGACAAAGGUCGAGUGGUGGACAUUUACUCAAAAUUUGAUGUUAUAAAUCUAGCAGCAGAGAAGACGUACAACAACCUGGAUGUGACGGUGACCAAAGCCUUGCAGCACCGCUCACAGUACUUUGAAGGAGUGCUGACAUGCAACAGGCAUGAGACCCUCGAGGCCAUUAUCAACAGACUGGUGGAGGCUGAGGUGCACAGGCUGGUGGUAGUGGACGAGCACGAGGUGGUGAAGGGAAUCGUCUCCCUUUCGGAUAUCCUCCAAGCCUUAGUGCUUACAGAUAGAGAAUAGAGGACAAAUUGGAAAAGUUGCUCAAAAAAUGAAAGGCUGCACAUUUUAAAGAUGACACCGGAGCAUAAGAGAGGAGAUAACCAAGCCUAUAAGAGGGGAAUUAUGACAGCAAAUGGAAGUUCUAUCAAUAAUUUUUGCUUGUUUUUUUUGUAAUUCACCCAUGAAUAAUUCUAUUUGUCUACAGAAACAAAAAGAUUGUGAAUUUUAAACCAUAUAAAAAUAUUUUUUUUGGUACUACAGCUUAUACAGAACCUCCUGUAAAUUGAGCCAAAUUUUGAGUCACUGGAAAACCAAGAAAGACGCAGAAGCACAAGAAUCCUCUGGAGGGGAGCUGUAGCUGCUCAGGAAUACCCAGCAAUAUAUAGGACAGACGACUCCCAAAUACGUUUCCAAUAAUAAAAUAGUCAGUAACCUUACAGGAAAACUGAUUUGCCUGUUUUGCCUUUUGCUGGCAUCACUUCACUUCUGAUCUAAGCUGAAAUCUACACACACAUAAAGCCUGCCAAUAGGGUGAUUUUGAACUGUGCAGCUUGGACUGAUCAGCACUCUCUUAACACAUCAGAGCCUUUUCUGAGCCUUGUUCUCUGUUUAAGUAAGUAGUAGUAGUAGUAGUAUGAUGUUAUUGAUAUUACUCCUCAUUCAGUUAACUUGAUUAUAUAAAUGCUGGUAAAAUACAUACAUACAAACUACCAUAUUCAAUUUGAACCACUUCACCCUUCCAAUUUGCAAAGACUUAUUGAGUAGUUACCUCCACCAAGGAGGUUUUGUGACUCGUUCCCCUGUACCAGAUAUACAACUGGGGCCAACAUAAGAAACUGACCUUUCAAGCUCAUUUGGUUUUUAAAAAAAUGAUCUGGAUGAAAGCUUUGGUGGAGGUGUGCAGCCUUAGACUGCCCUUUCUACUCGAGUAUCAGCAUCAUGCAAUGGAUACAAUAUUCUACAGCCACUCAGUACCUUUCUGUUAAGAAUGAACCAUUAUUUGGCCUGAUAAGUUUCCCCCAAAACACCUGAAUGAGGUUUCUGCAAAGAAUCCAAGGGCUCAGAGUUCAAUCUGUUGUGUAGCCUGACAGCCACGAAGCAAACCAUGAAGAGCACUUAGAGUGAAGUCUAAAAUGAAUUUGCUGUUGGAGACAACCAUUAACUGUGCUUUAUUCUCUUUGAGUGCUUGUCUCUGGAUAUUUAUAGGUGUUAGGUAUAUUCCCCCCCCCCCUACCGUGCCGGUUCUGGCGUCAUUAUUAGUCGUAAAGGGAUCUGCUUAUGGCUUCAGUGCUCCAAAAUCUCAUUUUGUUGAAAAUCAGUCCUGCUUUGUUAAUUUGACCAUUACUUUCAAUUAUUUUAUUUUUGUUUUCUUUGUUCUAUCUGUGUUGUGUUGAUGUGAUUUAUUUACUGUGUCAGAACAUCAGCUGUUAUAAGUUUAUGUAGUUUUUAUGUUUUGUUUGCGUUUAGAGGACUGACUUUAUCGAAAUCACUACAUACCAGCGUUUUCUAUUUUCUAAAGAGGAAAAAGUGAGGAACAUGCCACAUUUACUGUUUUAGGAUAUGUGAAAUGGAUUGUGUACAACUCUAUGUAACUGCACAGUUUUUGUACUAAUCUACAGUGAUAUUAUAAUUUAAACAAUGAGCAAUAAAGGUUCUUUAAGAGUG